AUGGGAAUUCGGCAUCUAUAUACAAACCUUCGGCCGUACGCAAGCCCAACAACCCUGGACCCCGGUACGGAAAUCUUCAUCGACGGCCCCGGUCUUGCGCACUACGUCUACGACCAGUGCCUCAGAGCGAGCGCAUCACAGAGCCCUCCGGCGGAUACGAACCCCUGGGAUAGCGCGAUCUCGUACUCUGCUCUACAGGAUGGCGUGAUAAAAUACCUGCACAUGCUGGAAUCUUGCGGGGCGAAAAUGUAUUCCCUCCCCACCGCGUUCUUCUUCCCCGCGGGCUGGCGGUGGUUAAUAAUCCGGGUAGCGCAAAGAUAUACUUCGAUGGAGCUCUCCCAGCUUCCAAGCGCCCCACGCGAAUCUCGAGACUCGAGGAGUUGCUGCGCAAGCUCUGCAAGUUUCACGCCUCAUACGCGCACACGUUACCGAGGUGCGCGGACCGCUCGGCGCGGCUAGAGGUAUUUUCCGAGAAGGCGGUGUACGCACCGGCAUCCUCGCCGUUGCCUGCACCCCCGUUCCUGGUUGUGGCUACGCUCGAGGCGUUAAGUCGGGGUGGGUACGCGGACAGGACGUCAACGGUGCCCGGCGAGGCGGAAGGAUACGCCGCCCGAGAUGCCAUAGCCGCCGGCGGAGUGGUGCUCACCUCCGAUUCAGACUUGCUGCUGUUUCGCGGCGAGGGUGGGGGUGACUGGGGGGUUGUCAUGUUAAAGGACCUUGAAGUCAAUUUCUCCACCAGGAAAAUCUCGACCGUGCUGUUCCGUCCGGACGACAUUGCUAAGGGGUUUGGCCUGGAAUUGGCGUUUUUGGGGUACCUGUCCCGGUGCGAGCCGUACACUAGUUUCUCCGCGCUCCGGGAGCGGUGCGUGCAGAUCGCCGAGCGGGGCAAGGGCGGCGCGAGCGUGGAAGAGAUGGGCUGGAAGUGGCAGGAGUUCGCAGCCGGGUAUGCACUGCCUGAGGGUGAUGGCGGGAGACUCCUCGACCCGAGGAUCGGAGAAGUACUAUCUCUACGCGGGAGCGUGGGCAGGAAGAAGGAGAUGUUCCUACCAGUGCUCUGGGAAGACACGAGCCGUGCAAGCGCUUGGGACGUCUGUCGCGGGGUACGAGUGUUGGCCUACUCCGUCCUCUUCCCGGGCGACAUGUCUUUGGAAGAGAUCUCCAGGAGAGGUCACGGGAUUUCUGGAACGCCCGUCGAGAUCUUCCCUGCCAAGGAAGUUAAACGGAAACUCCAGGCCAUAAUUUCCGAGUCCCAGGAAAAAGAUUGGCAGGCGAGAUACAUCCUUCAGCAAAUCGCCAAAACGUUUGCCACACGCAACCAACCCCCGCCCCACACCUCUAUUCUAGAGUCAUCCGCUAGUCUACUCUCCGGCGGUAAUAACCCCACCACCGGUAAAGAACCUGCUAGCGCCCGCUGGACCUGGGAGCGCAUCCAAACCUUUGCAAUGCUGCAGGCGGCCUGGUAUUCUCUCCUCUUACUAAGCGAAGUACUCAAAGAAACUACUGGCAGCGAAAUUGCACUUGGCAUUCUGCCAGUAGAGAUGCUGGAUGGCAGGUGUUUUGUCGACGCGCGGCCAGGGGCAGGGGAUAGAGCACUAGUCGGGGAGGUCCUGCUCGAGUAUUUUGGUAGGGAGGAGGAUGAGAAGGAUACGGAGGAGUAUAUGGAGGAGGGUGCGGGGGCUGAGGAGAGGAAUUCCAAGGAGGCGGAUCGCGAGGGAGUGUGGAAGGAGGUUGGCGGGAAGGCACGGAAUGCACGGAAGAAGGGGAGGGGGCCGAUGGAGGAGACAGAAGUAGAGGUGGCAGGGGUUGGAGGAAGGAAUAUAUUUGCGGCGUUGGUAGGGUAG